CACUCCCACCUUACCUUGAAACAAAGAGGACCAAGGAUGGCGAACUGCUGGGCGGUCCUGCUGCUGGUGGUCACCGCAGCCACCGCGGUCCCCGUGAAGACCCCUGAGCCCUACGAGAAGGCCAUUGCCCGAGCCAUCGACUUUUACAACCAAGGACCAACAGUGAAAUACGCCUUCCGCCUUCUUACAUCCAGCCCUCCGCCUGAAGUGGCCCAGGUCGCCAUAUCGAAUACUCUUCAGCUGAACUUCACCAUCAUGGAGACCACGUGCCAAGUGUCAGACCAAGUCCGUGUGGAGCAAUGCGCCUUCAAAGAGAAUGGGCUGGUCAGAGACUGCUCAGGACACUUCUCCACCCAGGAAGUAUGCCCUGUCGUCGCGAUCACCUGUGAUGUCGCCCCUCCGCAGCCCGUUCGCGUCACCAGGUGGUGGCCCCUUUUGCGCAUAGGCGCAAAAAUCCUCGCUGUACAGCAUCACCGCACCUGCUUGCCUGAGGCCAGCAGCGCCGUCCAGCACAGGCUCGGACACCGCUACCAAAUCAGCACGCUGCAGGGGACGGCUCUCCGCCUCACCACCGAUCCCAGGAGCCUCCCAGCACCCACGCAGUCUAGUUCCAAACACGUUUUAAUUUCUUCUCAGGCCGCGACCAAUGAAGCCCUCCACCUGCUGGAGUUUACAGUGAAAGAGACCGAGUGCCCCGUGUCUGAGAACCUGCUCCUCGAUCAAUGCGACUUCAGGGAUAACGGGGUGGUGAGAAAGUGCUCAGGAACCGUCUCCACUGAGCUGCAGGCCCCCUGGGUUCUGCUCACCUGCCACCCGGUGGCUCAGGAGGCGAGCUUUCAUUCGGCUGAUGUGGGGCGGACUUGGGCUGGGUCAGAGAGUCCCUGUGCCCUCCCUGCUGCUGCUGACACGCCCCAUACGUUGCAGGAUUGA